UACAUUCGCGGAAGCAUUCAAAUAUGAAUUGAAAAGGGAUACGUGACUUAUGAAGAUAAAACUCCAAGAAAGACGUUUACCUUAAUCUUUAUCUUUGCUCCAGGACUUUCAACAUGGAAGAUGAAUGGGAAGAGGAGGAGCAGCUUGUCGUGGUGGAGCUCUCUGGUAUUAUCAGCAAUGACUUCCUGUCCAAGUGUCGGGGCACGUGUAAGAUACUGGAUAUUGACAGCGAGAAGCCCAUGAUGCAGGUUGGACAACAUGUGUUCGCAGGUCAAUACGAAGAUGCUUUGGGAACUUGCGUGCUGUUCGAGGAAGGACCACCAAAAGGAAAACCAGACAGUGUUCCUGAUCUCAAGUACAUGUGUCACACCACAAAGAAACUGAUGAUGCAAAGAAUCUUCCUCAUUGAGAAAAAAGAGGGAGAAACCAGUACAGCAGGAAGUGGUGAUAGCAGUGUACAGAUGGACACAACCUGUCAGUCCAAUCAAGAACGAGACAAUCAACAGGAAGAGACAGAAGACGAUUUGGACAACACAGAUUUGGAAGACUCAGCAGUGGGCUGAGAUAUGGAGGCUUUGCUUUGGAGGCUAAUGACCUCGUCUGGAGACACCAGCAGUUGUGAGGCUGUGACGAACUUCACAUCUGAAACAGACAAUUCAGAGACAGUUAGAUUUAAACAUUUCAGCAAUAAUGAGAAUACUCAGUAUUACUCUGUGUCAAAAUCCUUUUGCAGAAACAUUCCAGCCUCGUCUCAACUGAGCUUAAAAAUAAGUUAAUUUAAAAUCUGAUGCGCUACAUAAAAAAGGUGAAAUAACACCCAAAGGGAAAAUAGGCUUUUACAAAUCAUAAUGUAAAUCCGCUCCUUUCCUUUCACAUAAGAGGGGUCUGUUAUAGAAAUGUGGCUGGAGACCUCGGCUUAGCAGCAGGAAGUCCUGUCAUUGUGCCGCUCUGAUAUCAGCAAUUUUUGUUUCUCAUGAUCACAGUGAAUGUUUAACCAGCAGAGGGGGAGAAAUCUGCCUGAGUGCAGCUCGGCUCAGUUUAUGGUAGAAAAUUAGAAAAAAAAAAUGAAGUCAUUAUUUUUCACAUUUUGAUAAAGACUUUUCAUUUGUAUAUUAAAUUAAUUGGGCGAACAGAACACUUGCAUUAUUUAUGUGUUUGCAGGUCCUCAAAGACCCUUCAGUUGUCUUAAAUUUGAUUCAUAAAUAAUAAGCCCUAAAAGUAAUUAAAUAGCCUUAAAUUUGAAAUUUUCAUGUCCUAAUUUUAUCUUUUUUAAUUUGUACAUAUUUUUAAAAAAUACUCAUUUUGACCUUUUUUUGUCAAAAAUUAGUCACGCUCUACUGCAUGAAAGUCCAAUUUUCUGCUGUUAAAAAUCUUUAAACCUACUACUGAACCUAAUAUCUUUUUAUACUUGCGUAUACCUAUGGGCAAAAUAUAGCUUAACCUACCUACUUCUGCACAUCACCACACAUUAUAUACACAUACUUAUCUUUAGAUCAUUAUAUUUUUUCUUAUUAAAUGUUUAAAAAAAGAAAAACAAGGAUUUGUCUAAAAAAAAUCACCUCGAAAAGAUUGUUAGCAUUACAUGAAGUGACUGAGUUUAAGUGUCUGAUAACUGUUGAUGCUCUUUAACCUGAAUUUUUGAGUGACUCAUUUA